AUGCAGUCCAUCCAGCAAAAGUGUCGCCCCAAGCACCAGGUCCUCGUGCUCAAGUGCUACCCGCGCACCAACAAGACCACCAUAGGCGUCAAGCCAAACUCGAGCGAGCUGAGCUACUUGCUGUUCUACCUCAUCUCCCGCAAGACAAAGAUCAACAAGGUCGGCGAGUUCCUCGAGAAGAAGACCGCCAGCGAUGUCUGGCACCAGCGCAUUGGCAAUGUCCAGGUCACGCUCCAGAUCCUCGAGGCCUUGAUCGAGAAGAGCCCAAAGGACCUGCCCCUAUUCGCCAGAUUUGUGCUCAAGAUCUUGGAUCUGAUCCUACGGUCAAAUGACAUAACUCUGGUCGAGUCCUCACUGCCCACCUUCGACGCCUUCUGUGCGAACCACGACGCCUCCUCCCUAUUUGCCGAUCAAGCCUACCUCCGCCAGUACGAGGCUGUGAUUCAACAGUACGCGGCUCUGGCCUCGACACGGGAGCAACAGGGCAAGAAUCAGACCAGCAAGCCGGUUGCCGUACGAUGGAGGAACGCGGGCCUGGAGGCCAUCAAGAGCAUCGCCUCUUCGGAUGCUCUAUCCUCUGUUGCCGGGCGGCAGCUCGAGGUCAUAGUGCCCAUGAUCCUGGAGAACCUGUGGACUGACAACGAGGGGUUCCUGGACGUGUUGCUGCAGCGGGCCAACAUGGAGGAGAAGGUGAACACGGAUCAUCUGCUCAAGCGGAGGAACAGUAACGCGACGGUGCGCACCACCGAGACCGGCGGAGACCCGAAUCCCAUAGCCCUGUCAGGCACGGCGGGCGAUGUCGACAAGUUGGCCGAGGAGGAGACGGGCGUCCUGGCCAUCCAGUGCCUGAAGCAGAUCUUCGUCGUGCCCAACAGACAGCAAAUGCACACGGCGACCACGGCCUUGUUGAAGUUCAUCGAGGAGCGGGUUCAUCAGGACGAGACGGUGGUCAGGACGAGCAACGGUCAGGACAGCGGGUGGGCGAUACAUUUGUUUGGACUUGUCUCCCGGUGGGCGCCCAUGCAGGAGCGAUACGUGAUCCUGGUCACUGCUAUGGACACCAUGAUCCAGAUACAGCUCAAGGAGGAGACCCUGCGGCAGCAUAUCGUGCUGACGGCCAUGAUUGGGUCCCUUCUCCGGUCGGACGUGAACUUGAUAGGAUUGAGUGUGAUGGAUAUAAUGCUGGGCCUUGUGCAACACAUGAAGCGGCUGGUGCAGAUGCCGGGCGACCCGACGGGCGGGGCGCGCAAGGAGCUACUGGGGCGCAUACAACAGACGAUGGGGGAUCUGGCAACCCAUGUCUACUACAACGAACAGAUCAUCGACAUGGUCUCGGCCCUACUGCUUCGGCUGAAGCCAUCCAAGAACGCGCCCACGGCGAACUCGACGGCUCAGGGCGAGCAAACUGACACCGACACGAAAGCAUCGGAUGACCAGCAUUCGGAGUCGCCUUUCUUCCUCACGAUUGCGAAGCUCACAGCUCUGAAGGCAGUGAAGGGCAUCCUGAAGAUUGCUAAUCCGAAAGUGAAAAUGAGCGGUAGUAUCAGCUUGUCCAGGUACCCGGUGCCCGUUGAGAAGUGGGAGGGCACACAGUGGCUGCUCAAGGACGCAGAUGGGGAGGUCCGAAAGGCUUACGUGGACGCGCUUCUGACGUGGCUGGACCGAGAGACGAGAAAGACAGACCUGAUCGCGAAAGACGACCUGCGAUCCGGCCUGCAACCUGAGCCUGCCACGCCAACGGACGCCCGACGGGCACGGUCAGCUGCCUCUUACCGCGAACGACCGUCCAAGAAGUUUAAGAGCAAGUUCCUGCAUCUUCUGCACAUAGCCAUCUACGACAAUGCCCUGCAGUAUCUGGACUUCGAUUCGGACGUCGUUCUCCUUCAUGUACUGCUUACGAAGCUUGUGAACCGCCUGGGAGUCAACGCGGUCCGUUUUGGCCUGCCUAUGGUAUUCCGACUGCAAGAAGACAUCCAGGAUGCCGAAACGCCACUACAGAAGGUGCGCCUGGGGAGUCUGUGCCAUGGCUACUUCUGGGUGUUGACGGAGAAAUUCGAUUUCGACGCUUCCUUUGUCGGACGCGCAAUCCAGAACGAGAUUAUCCGACGGAGGACCAAGCAACUGUGGGUUGACGGCGUGCAGGUUCCAGCGCCACCCCUGGAGAAGAUCGGGAUGCCGGGCGUGGUCUCGCAGCAAUCUAAGAUAUCGCAGCAAGAGGCCGAGUCCGAGGCACUGCUUCCUUUCGACGACCGCUUGUCGCUCGUUGACUGCAUCUGCACGAGCUACCAGGAGGCCACACUCUCGCCACCCACCAGCCCGGCUGGGUCACCUGGACGUACGUUCUCCCAGCCCAUCCUCGGCUCUGCGGGGAGCAUGAUUUCGCCGACACACAAUGAGAGGGAGAUCCCGUCCAGCUUCAAGGAGGCGAUGCUGUUCGACUGGUCCCGCGAAUCAGCCAUAGCAACGGUCCAGGCUGCCAGCAAGUCGGCCUCGCUCAACGGCUCUCGCGCCGGGACGAACGGGACCCACCGCAACCGCCUCGGUCUUAAUGGCGCGCUGGCGAACGGGCAUAAGGACGGGGGCCAGCACACGCCUGCCGGUAGCAACCACGAUGUGCGGCCACGGUCCCAGCCCGCGCCGGAUGGGGGACGUAUGCUUGCGCCAUUGCAGACGAGGGCGCGGAAGAGUAGUGUCCGCAGCGGUCUCUCGCGCAACCCUGACGGGAUUUCGACCCCGGAGGAGGGCACCACAUCCGUCAGCCAGAUGAAGAAGAUCCUCUCUGGCGAGAUGCCCGCCCCGCCUCUGACAGCCGGCGCACGCGAUGUCAGCAGUAGCGAAGACAGCCUCGUUAGCUACGACAUGUCAACCUCGGAGAUGUCUUUCAACCCACCACCUGCCACCGCACAGUCGCAAAGUGGGCAGACCGACGGUUGCUCACCCGUGCAUAUGCGAUCCCGGUCCAUGUCACGCGAGCGCAAGGGAUCGGACGGUGCUUCCCUGGGCCCGCUGAAUUCCAACCCCCCGAGCGAAUCCGCGCCGAUUAUUGACGACGAGGAGGACAGCGAGGGGGUACCGCCCGUUCCGCCCUUGCCCUCUGACUUCGCGGGGGCCUCGCAUCCUGCACCGCAGACCGCGACGAAAGACUACGCGGCAUCACUCGAAUUCAGCUCACCACACUCCCUGCCGCCGCUCAAGGCCCCGAAGCAGCGGAGCGUCAAGAGCAGGGGCGGGGACACGGUCCGGUCGUCGACUUGGAGCAGCAUCCACUCCCGGGAUGAGGCGCUGCCGACCAUGGACCUGCAGUCGCUGCUCAAGGGGAUCGACUCGCGGGUGGGAGAGGGAAGCCUGGGGAACGUCAGCAGGCCGCCUUACUAG